AAGUAGUGCCGUCGGCGAGGGGAGUGAGGAAGAUGGCAGAGUCGGAAGAGGAGGUGAAGUUUUUGGUUCAAAGGGUUGUCAAAGACAUUGCCAACGCUUUUAGGAGGAACCCCAACAUUGAUGAGAUUGGAUUGAUUCCAUGUCUUGAAGCCAGGUGCAACCGGAGUCCAGUAGUACUGGUGGAAAAUAAACUUGGUCUAGAAAGCUGGUGCGUUAAACUACUCUUGCCCUUCAUUCAUAGUAAACUUGUUCUCUACCGACAGAGAAAGCUGUGGUUGGACAGGGAUGCACUGACUGAUCUCACUUGUACUCUACUGCUGCUAAAUCCAGACUUCACUACAGCUUGGAAUGUCAGAAAAGAACUGGUACAGCUUGGAGCUUUGGAUCCCAUUAAAGACUUGUACCUUGGAAAACUGGCCUUAACAAAGUUCCCUAAAAGCCCAGAAACUUGGAUCCACAGGCGCUGGGUAUUUCAGAAGUUCAUUCAGGAGCUCUGCUUUCCAAAUUCAAGGAAUAACCCAGGAGUCGUCUCAACAGAACAAAUGCAUCGAAUAAUCCAGGAUGAGAUGGCGGUGUGCUCUGCAGCUGCUGGGAGGUACCCGAGUAAUUAUAAUGCCUGGUCCCACCGAAUCUGGAUCCUGCAGCACGUGGCAAAAUGCAAUCUCAAGAUUCUUCUUGAUGAAUUGUCCAACACCAAGUACUGGGUAUCCUCCCAUGUAUCUGACCACAGUGGCUUUCAUUACCGUCAGUUCCUGCUGAAAUCUGUGGUGGGCAAUUCCAGGAGAACAGCCGUUACAAGCACUGGGGGGCUCGGGAGGACAUCUGUGCACAAAAACCCCCACGCUGACCUUUCCACACACGGAAGGGAGGAGGGCACAUCUGCGGAGGAGUACACCGCUGACGUGCCCCUCAUAAUUGAAGAGGAAAUGGAGCUUUGCUCCGAUCUCAUCGAGUCUUAUCCAGGACACGAGGCACUGUGGUGUCACAGGAGGUCGGUGUUUUACCUUUGGCACUGCUGGAACAGAGAUCACCUUCGGGUCUUGGCCGACCCCUCCGGCAGGAGUGAGGCGACGGUGAACAGCUUACAGCUGGCCGCUGCCUCCAGCUACUCCCCUCACUGCAUGGACAUUGACGGGGCGGCAGGCUCGUCCAAGCAGAGCUACACCCAGGAGACCAAGCGCUUGAAACGCGGCCCCUCGCUGGACUUGCACAGCCUUGUGGACGAGCAUCGCUUUAUUGAUACGAUCCUUUUAGGCUGUACUAACUCAGAGCAGGCCAGGUUUGCCUCUGCUUACAGGAAAUGGUUAGACACGGUAUUUUGUCAGUAGCAGCUGGAGAAUACUCAGCCACAUUACGGUUAGUCUUAAAUCCAGCUCCCCAACACAGUUCUGUUUUGACCACCGAUGUUGCAUGGCGCUUUUUUGUAAAGUUAGUCUUCAGUACUGUGCAAGUCCCAUUUUAAAAUGGGGCUGAACUGAAACUGACCCUAAAACAAAAACUAGAUUCGUGGGGGCUUUAUGUAGAGAUGAGAUUUGCAAACUAAUAAUACAAACACCAGCUGAUUUUUAAACUUCAGUGUAAGAGGUAUACAGUUUUGCAAAUGAAAAAUGUAAACUUGUGCGUUAUCUGUUUUGUUUCUUUGAGCAAGUUAUCCACGAAUAGGUUUUUGUUUUGUAAAUACAUUUGUAACGGGAUGAACGUCCCAUUUUUUUCCUCCUCUACUUGCUAGGAGGACUAGGCCUAGUAAGAUUUUGUUGUCUCAUCACUAUGAACUAAAUUACCCCUGUUAUUCCAUACUAUUCUUCAGAUAAAUGAUAACAGGGAAUGGUGCCAUCUGAUCCUUUUAACCAGAACCCUGUCCAAUCCCCAAAUAAAACCUUAGUACAAAUGAUGCAGCACAGCUCCAGCUCCAGCUCGUUGGGUCUAUUCUGCCUGAACCAAUUGGUGCAAGAGACUCUGGGGCUUUUGAGAGAAUUUAGAUCUGAGUUUGCUUUCAGAACCCUUCCAGGCAGCACCAACAGGAGAACCUUUUUAAAGAAAGGAUAAAUUUGCUGCAUCUCUUUCUCUCCCCCCCCCCCCCCCCAAUCGCCCUGGCUCUUUUUAGGUGCAAUUUGAGCAAUAAUGUUUGCACAAUUAAUCCAGAAUGAGCUCAUUGCUGUCUUGGGUGUUGUACUAGUUGGUGAAUUCAGUAAAGCAUUUUGUUUAACAUAAGUUUCAAUAAGGAGGGAAUUUCUUCUGAAGAGAGCUUUAAAAAAGAACUUGAAUUUUUGAUACCUUGAAAAGGUGUAGUUGUUUUUAAUUGUAUCAGUAUUAGUUUGCACCAUUCUAUACAGGUACUGUUGUAUUCAGAGGGAGAGCUGUUGCUGACACCUAUAAGACAAGAGUAAAAAGAAUUGUCCUGUUAUGGCUUAUCAAACAACAUAGCAUCUUGUUAUGACUUGUUGGCCUGAAUGGCCUCCUGUGUUGUGCCAGCUCGUAGGAGAACAAUACCUUUGCUUUCAUUCCCUCUGAUUCCCACACAUCCUUAAACACCCCUUUGAUUCUUUUUGCCAUUUAACUACACUAAAGAAUUAAUAUUUGUAGUGUCAAAUAAACUUGUUCAGCAUGUGUUUGGGAGGAGACUGAAGCACAUUGGGGAAACGGAGAGAGCUGCAGAGAGAAUGUUCAGACUUCUCAAUAACCCUAACCCUAACCCUAACCCCAACCCCAACCCCAACCCCAACCCCAACCCCAACCCCAACCCCAACCCCAACCCCAACCCCAACCCCAACCCCAACCCCAACCCCAACCCCAACCCCAACCCCAACCCCAACCCCAACCCCAACCCCAACCCCAACCCCAACCCCAACCCCAGAUUGAACCAGAGUUACUGAAGCAGUGAGGCAGCAAUAAAUAACUCGUGCGUGUUAACCUUUGCACUGAAGUUGUACCGCUCUCUCGCUCUUGCCUGGUGAUGAGGUAAAUUCAGUUGGAACUAACAAGUUUCUCAGGUUGCUGUGACGUUUACCCAACAGCUUCCGGCUGGGUUUACUUGGCCGUGCGUUGUAAUACAGUCAUCUAGAGAAAAACAGAAUUUGGUUUAUAAAACACUCAUUCCUAUGCUGCAGCUAAAGGGUUCUCCUCUAGGUUGAAGAGUAAACCCAACAGGAACAAUAAUGUGUCGGGUAAAUUUGGACAGUCCAAAAAUGCAGAAUUAGAAGCAGGAGUUUGUGUUGUGACCUCCCAAAUAAGUCCUCUCCAUUGCCUAAUUUCCCACCUAGUUCCUGUGUUCUUGGAUCUCCCAUGGUGCUUGAAAAAUAGAGCUCAGCCUUGUAUGUACUUGAUGGCUAAACAUCCAGUGCUCUCUGUGCAGUGGACUUCCUACCCUCUACAUUAGGAAAUUUCUCCUUUUCUGAUUUUCCUCCCACCUUUUAUUGUGUGGUUACGCCCCAUUGUCAAAGUCAGUCCAGUGGGGAUUACCUACAGUUGGUCCCUUUCACAGUGCGAUCAUGUCUCGUUCUUCCAGACUCUUGUAAACAUGGGUCCACAUUAGCUAAUCUCCUCAUAACCCCCCCCCCCCACACUCCCUCCCAGGAAUCAAGAGAUGUUCUUUCAUUCUUUCCAAAGUCUAGUGUGUAGAGGCCCAGUUUGCGUGAUAUCUCCUCGUGCAGGAUAAAACUUUAUCCCACUAUUUGAUCAGAUAAACCUUUGUUGUGCUCCGUCUAUUGUAAAUGUGUUCUUCAAUCAGGAGACCAGGCUAAUUUAGAUGGGUAGCGGCAUACAAAAAGCUGGACGAACUCGGUGGGUCAGGCAGCAUCUAUGGAGGGAAAUGGGCUGUCAAUGUUUUGGGUUGACACUUUUCAUCAGGACUUUGUCUGUUCGGUCCUGAUGAAGGGUCUUGUCCUGAAACAGUGACUGUCCUGUUCCCUCCAUGGAUGCAGCUUGACUCCCCAAGUUCCUGCAGCUUUUCGUCUUGCUCCAGAUUCCAGCACCUGCAGUUUCUUGAGGCUUGGAUGGGGUUUCAGCAGGUUUGAGGUGACACUGUUCCUGAAGGAUGUACAGGCAAAAUAGCAGAUUCAAGUGCCCUUGCUACAGUAUGUCAAUAACCAUCCAUAAGAUGGAAAACUUCUAAUUUCUGCUGUAACUACAUUAUUGUGUUGCCAUUAAUUUAAGGUAAUUACAAAUUGAGACAGCAUUGUAUAUAGCAAACUGUCAGUGAGCAUUGUCUAAUUCCCCCUCUUACGAGAAGUUAAUUUCUAGAGCCCCUGUUACAGUGGGUGACACGUUUUGGUGAAAUCAAAUGCUUUGCUUAGACCAUCUUGGGCAUUUUGAAUUUGACCCCAUUCCUGUGGGUGUGGCGUCCUCAGCUGGAUAUGGAAUGUGAUGGCAGCUCCCCGUUGAUCUCCCAUUCUGAAGUUUGAUUCCAUUAAAGCCAGUAGAAGCAAACUUCUGAAACGGUCUUGACAAGCAGGUGUGACUGAGCAGCCCUACAAAGUCCAGACUAGGUGAGGAUGAUGGCAGAUUUUCUUCCCUAAUGAGCUUGUUGCUUUAAACAAGGAUCUGGUACAUGUGUAGGCUCCAUUACUUCUGCGGGCUUUUGGCUUCCAUAUUGAUGUGUUCAGCAGAAUUUAAAUUCUCCUGCUGCUCUGACGGCAUUUGAACUCAUCCCUGUAAUCACUGGGCCUACAGAAUUCAACAUGGGGCUUCUCUUGUGAGUGUAAAUGCUCUCGUGAUCUGCAGGAAUACCUGUGUUAAUUUUAAAAUCAAAGUUCCACUUGACUGCAGUCUUUUGUGAAAAUGGCUGCAAUUCUCCUCUAUAAAAUUUCCCAACACAUUGAGAUUUAUUUUUUAUCUGUGCAGUUCUUAAAAUAAAGUAAUAUUGAGUGAAACCUCACUAGAACUGUGAAGGAACCGGAAAUGAAUUGUUGGCAGCUGUGACAGCAUACCAUCAUAACGCAUCGACAAUGAGCAUUAUCGAUGGCGAAAGGUGAGCCAGUUGCAUUGACUGCUAGAAAGACAGUAGAACCAAUUCCAAAGAGAUUUAUUUUACUGAGUUUGUGUUUUUUUUCCUCCCUGUAGUGUUAAUUAGAUUGAAAGAAUCAGCUUAAAACUUGCUUGGAAGAAGUUGUUGAUCUUUGGUUGCUGGUGCUAAUUGCAUCAGGGGUCUUUUGGUCAGGUGACCUGGUAUUAAAUUUCAUGGACUUCAUUAAAACCAAAUGUGUAAAGUAGAUGUUCUCUUGCAUCUAGCUAGUGGACCAGGCACUAAAAAGCCAAGCUCUUUAUUUUCUUCGCCCUUGUUUUAUGAGUCUAAUCAGGUUGUGCAUCAUUGCACAAGUUUAGUUUUAUGUAUUCUUCUAACUUGAACUGGCUGUUAACAUUUUGGUGAAUGCAAUAGCCCACAGGAUUGCAGCUCCCUGUUUAGAAAAGGCGUGCUCGAAUGGUGGAAGUGUGUGGAUGCUCAUCCACACAGUCUGCUUCACUCUGUGCUGGCCAAAGGCGAUGGGGGAGGGAGAGGAGCAACUGAGCCUAGUUUGGGUUCUUCUGUGCAUGAAGCAGGAGAAAAUAAAUGCUUUGGGAUGCUGGAGCUGAUAGCCUCCAUCUGACUCUGGGAUGGAAAUGCUUAGCACAUCCACCAGUAUCCAUGGUAAGGAACAGAAACCUAAUGACCCUUGAUCAGGAUGAGUAUUUGUGAAAUGUAGAGCAGGCUAAAGGGUUUGUAGAAAAGGUCUGCCGUUGAUUGUUGGGUUGCAUUUGCCAGGCUCUGAGAGGUUUAUAUGAAGGCGGAUGUGGGUGGUUGUGGGUAAGGAAGAGGUGUAAAGCUUAAUGGAUGAAACAGAAACAACCGUUCAAAAGUAGUGAGAGAAGCUUUCCACUGGUGAAACGGAACAGUCAAGAGCUCGGAGACAUCGUUGUCCACUUUUGCUGCUUUUGCCAGGGGAAGUCUUUAUGUAGUGAGUAGGGUAGGUUCUGGAAAGCACUGCUGGAGUUGAUGUGGAGGCAGUUCAACUGAAGUCCAGAAGAGAGCUGAAAGGAAGUAAUUUGCAAAGUAAUGGGGUGAGGGCAAGGUACGAGCAGAAUUAGCUUUGCAUGGAGCCAGUACAAACUCUCCAGACGAAAUAACCCACUUUGGUGCUGUAACCCUUCUGUGAUUGGGGGAUUUGUAAGAGGUCCCUGUGAAUGUCAUGUUGAACUGGGAAGCGUGAAAGGUGCCUAACUUAGUGUCUAGUGUCUUAAUGUAAUGGCUGUUUCACAACAAUGUAGUAAAGACCACGGCCUAGUAAUUUGGUACAAGUAUAAAGGACAUGGUUUGAACUUGUCCACUUGUGCAUCUUUUGUCAAUGUGAAAGGCUCUUUAAUAAAGCUUGGAGCCCCAAUGAAUCUGAUUUUUGAAAUGAAGUGCCUGUUGGGGGUGUGGCCAGUUCAAUCCUGGAAAGAUUGCGAAUCAUGUCAAAUGAGGGUUCCCCACUCACCUGCAGGGCGAUAAAAGUUUGCUAACUGUAGCUUCUGUUCACCCUACACCCCACAUGCUGUUGCUAAUUAACAAUUUCUGAUAGUUUUUCAUUUUUUGAACCACAAAUUCAUAUAAUUGUUCAGCAAAUAAAUCAGCUGUUGUUAGAGAAAGGGGUUCCAGGAACAUUUGCUUAUUAGCAGUUGCCAGCAAGGCGCUCGUUGUGAAUGUAACCAGCCUCCCUCUGUUUGAAUAUUGUGUGUAGCCAUGUACCAGUACCGGAAGGGUAGGAAAUUCUGGCAAGAAGCCUCUAACACUGGGAUCCUAUGCAAGAGAGUUCCUUGCAGUUAUCUUUGUCAGUGCCAUUGAGUGGCACAAAAUGCUCUAGUGCUGCUCUGUCCAAACUGGUAUUGUUAUAUAAUAGUGGCAUCGGUUAUUUAUUGUUAGACUUGUUUUAUACCUAUACACAGAUUUAAGAACCACAUUUAGAAUUUGUAGUAGUUAUUAAGCUGGAUUGUAAAUUAACUUUCUAUUUAUUCUGUAGUGGAGAUUCUUUUAAUAAAAACAUUCACUCUGCAAUUUAUUGCCUUGUAAGUAGUGG